GUAAAUGAGGCAACGGAAGUACGGAGGGGUCCAAGAGGAGAUAAAGGGCCACGAGGAGAAAGGGGUCCAGCAGGUUCACCAGGCAUAGAUGGUGAAGAUGGUCUACGAGGUCCUCCAGGGCCCCCUGGACCUCCUGGUAUUGGUGUAAACUUUGCUGCUCAAUAUGACAUGUCCAAAUCAGCUGAUAUGGGCCCUGGACCUAUGGGAUUAAUGGGACCUAGAGGCCCACCUGGAACCAAUGGACCCCCUGGUUCUCCAGGUUUCCAAGGACUUCCAGGUGAACCGGGUGAACCUGGUCAAUCAGGACCUCAAGGUUCUCGUGGUCCAAUGGGUCCUCCUGGAAAAUCUGGUGAAGAUGGCCAUCCUGGAAAACCUGGAAGAUCUGGAGAGAGAGGUGUUUCUGGACCCCAGGGUGCUCGAGGCUUUCCUGGAACUCCUGGUCUGCCUGGAUUCAAAGGAAUAAGGGGACAUAAUGGUUUGGAUGGUCGCAAAGGAGAACCUGGUGCUGCCGGUAACAAGGGUGAACCUGGUGCUGCUGGUGAAAAUGGUACCCCAGGACAAGCUGGUGCUCGUGGUCUUCCUGGUGAAAGAGGAAGAGUUGGUGCUCCCGGUUCUGUUGGUGCACGUGGCAGUGAUGGAAGCUCUGGCCCUGUCGGUCCUGCUGGCCCUAUUGGUGCUGCUGGUCCUUCUGGAUUCCCUGGUGCUCCUGGAGCCAAGGGUGAAAUCGGUUCUGCUGGAAAUGUUGGCCCAAGUGGACCUGCUGGUCCCCGUGGUGAUAUUGGACUCCCUGGUGCUGCUGGACCUGUUGGCCCUGCUGGUAAUCCUGGUACCAAUGGUCUUGCUGGUGCUAAAGGCACUACUGGUCUUCCUGGUGUGGCUGGUGCUCCUGGCCUGCCUGGUCCUCGCGGUAUACCUGGUCCAACUGGUGCCUCCGGUGCAGCUGGUGCAAGAGGACUUGCUGGUGAACCUGGUCCCCCUGGAUCCAAGGGAGAGACUGGUAACAAGGGUGAGCCUGGUGUUGCUGGCCCAGCUGGUCCUGCUGGUCCAUCUGGUGAGGAAGGCAAAAAAGGUCCCAAUGGUGAAGCUGGAUCUUCUGGUGCACCAGGAUCUGCAGGUUUAAGAGGUGUUCCUGGAUCUCGUGGUCUCCCAGGAUCUGAUGGCAGAGCUGGUGGUUUAGGCCCAGCUGGCAGUCGUGGUGCUACUGGUCCUGCAGGUGCUAAAGGUCCCAGCGGUGACACAGGUCGUCAUGGUGAACCUGGUCUCAUGGGUGCAAGAGGUCUCCCGGGACAGUCUGGAAGCCCAGGUCCGGCUGGAAAAGAAGGUCUUGGUGGUCCAACUGGACCUGAUGGUCGCCCUGGCCCAACUGGCCCAGCUGGUCCACGAGGUGAACCUGGAAAUAUCGGAUUCCCAGGACCAAAAGGUCCAAAUGGUGAACCUGGCAAACCUGGUGACAGAGGCAGUGUGGGCCUGACUGGUCCACAGGGUCCUCCUGGUCCUGAUGGAAACAAUGGAGCUCAAGGUGCACCUGGUCUUGCUGGCAAUGCAGGUCCAAAAGGUGAAACUGGUCCAGCUGGUGCUCCUGGCUUCCAAGGCCUUCCUGGUCCCUCUGGUGGAGUUGGUGAAGCUGGCAAACCAGGUGAAAGAGGUGCUCAUGGUGACUUUGGUCUCCCUGGUCCUGCUGGCUCAAGAGGUGAACGUGGUGCACCAGGUGAAAGCGGUGCUGCUGGUCCUGCAGGCCCUCUGGGAAGCCGUGGCCCAUCCGGUCCACCAGGUGCUGAUGGUAAUAAGGGUGAACCUGGAUCUGUCGGUGCAGUUGGUAGUGCAGGCCCAUCUGGUCCUAGUGGAGUCCAUGGUGAGAGAGGUGCUGCUGGUGGCCCAGGAGGCAAAGGUGAAAAGGGUCCAUCUGGCUUCAGAGGAGAUACUGGAGCAUCAGGAAGAGAUGGUUCACGAGGAGCCCCUGGUGCUGUUGGUGCCCCAGGACCUGCUGGUGCUAGUGGCGAAAGAGGCGAAGGUGGUUCUGCUGGACCUGCUGGACCUGCUGGAGCUCGUGGAUCCCCUGGUGAGCGUGGUGAAGCCGGACCUGCUGGGCCUCCUGGAUUUGCUGGUCCUGCUGGUGCAGCUGGUCAGACAGGUGUUAAAGGAGAAAGAGGACAGAGAGGUCCUAAAGGUGAUGUAGGUCCCCAAGGUUCCAUUGGUGCUGUCGGUAGUGCUGGUCCUGCUGGCCCUGUUGGUCAAGCCGGUCCUUCUGGAGGCCGUGGUGAUAAUGGUCCACCUGGUGCCAACGGUUUUCCUGGGAAUGCUGGCAGACCUGGACCUCCUGGCCCUGCUGGUAUCACUGGUCCAUCUGGCCCCCCUGGUCCUGCUGGCAAAGAGGGAAUUCGAGGCCCACGUGGUGACACUGGCCCAAUGGGUCGUUCUGGUGAAACUGGCAUUGCUGGACCCCCUGGUUUCAGUGGAGAAAAAGGCCCAUCAGGAGAAGCUGGUGCUGCUGGUGCUCCUGGGUCUUCAGGUCCUCAGGGUAUUCUUGGAGCACCUGGUAUCCUUGGUCUUCCUGGCUCUAGAGGAGAACGUGGUCUUCCAGGCUUGUCUGGAGCACUUGGUGAACAUGGACCUGCUGGCAUUUCUGGUCCCACAGGUGCCCGUGGCCCAUCUGGUCCCAUUGGUUCUUCUGGUGUAAAUGGUGCCCCUGGUGAAGCUGGACGUGAUGGAAAUCCAGGUAACGAUGGUCCUCCUGGCCGCGAUGGUGCCCCUGGUUACAAGGGUGAACGUGGUGCUCCUGGCAACACCGGUCCUGCUGGUGCUCUUGGUGCUCCUGGUCCUCAUGGCUCUGUUGGUCCUGUUGGCAAAUCUGGAAAUCGUGGUGAACGUGGUCCUGCUGGAGUUACUGGCCCCAGUGGUCCUGCUGGUUCAAGAGGUCCUGCUGGCGCACAAGGUAUACGUGGUGAGAAAGGUGUUGCUGGUGACAAGGGUGCCAGAGGCUUGUCAGGUUUCAAAGGACAUAAUGGACUUCAGGGACUGCCUGGUAUUGCUGGUCAUCAUGGAGAACAAGGUUCCGCUGGUGUUACUGGUCCCGCCGGUCCAAGGGGUCCUUCUGGUCCUUCUGGCCCUGCUGGAAAAGAUGGUCGCAAUGGUCUGCCUGGACCUGUUGGUCCUGCUGGUGUGCGAGGGUCUCAUGGUAGCCAAGGACCAUCUGGUCCACCAGGACCACCUGGUGUUCCUGGCCCACCUGGUCCCAAUGGUGGUGGUUAUGAAAUUGGCUAUGAUGCAGAAUACUAUCGUGAUCAGCCAUCUCUUAGACCCAAGGAUUAUGAAGUUGAUGCCACUCUGAAAACCCUGAACAAUCAGAUUGAGACCCUCCUGACCCCAGAAGGCUCCAAGAAGAAUCCAGCUCGCACUUGCCGUGACUUAAAACUCAGCCACCCUGAUUGGAACAAUGGUUUCUACUGGAUUGAUCCUAAUCAAGGCUGCACAAUGGAUGCCAUUAAUGCAUAUUGCGAUUUCUCCACUGGUGAGUCUUGUAUCUCUGCUAAUCCUGGAAGUUUCCCAGCCAAGACCUGGUAUGUUGGCAAGAAACCUGAUGAGAAGAGACUUGUUUGGUUUGGAGAAACCAUCAAUGGUGGUACCCAGUUUGAAUAUAAUGAGGAAGGUGUGUCUACCAAGGACAUGGCUACCCAACUUGCUUUCCUGAGGCUACUGGCUAACCAUGCUUCCCAGAACAUUACUUACCACUGCAAGAACAGCAUUGCUUAUAUGGAUGAGGAAACAGGCAACCUUAAGAAGGCUGUGGUGCUGCAGGGAUCCAACGAAGUUGAAUUCCGAGCUGAAGGCAAUGGCCGGUUUACUUUCACUGUUCUUGAAGAUGGCUGCUCUAGAAAGACCAACGAAUGGGGCAAAACAGUGAUUGAAUACAGAACAAACAAGCCUUCCCGUUUGCCCUUCCUUGACAUUGCACCUUUGGACAUUGGUGGCGCUGACCAAGAAUUCCGUUUGGACGUUGGCCCCGUCUGUUUCAAAUGAAUGAACUAAAACUAACUUAAAAACAAAACAAAAAAAAUUCUCUCUUUGUCAUUUCUUUUUUAUACUGAAAGCUGACUCCUUCCAUUCUUCUGUUCAUCUACUUGCUUAAACUUUUGGCGAAAAAGAAGGAAAAGGAUUUUUUUGGGAACGUUGUGCAAUGCAAUUUAAUACAGCCCCAAAAGGAAUCAGAAGUUUUUCAAGAUUUUGUCACCAUGUUGUGGAAAAUGUCAGCCUUUGUGUAAAAAAAAACAAAACCAAAAAUAUAAAAAAAAACCAAAUAAAAAAAUUCCUGAAAGUUUGCACCAUUUGUGGCCUUUGAAUAUCUUCCACAGAGGAAGUUUAAAACCACAACUUCCAAAGGUUUGAACUACCUCAUACACUUUUAAGCCAAGUGUGAUCCACAUCCUUAUACAUAUGUUCUGAGGUGCUUUUGGACCCAUUCAUAGUAGAAAGGUGCUGAUUCAAUAUUACAGAGUAUAUUACAAUACUUGAAAUUUAAUGGUGCUAGUCAUUUGGGGAAAUAAAACAAAACAAAACAAUCAAUCCCUGCCUUUCUGUAUUAAGUUGUAUUGUUUAUUUGCAAACUGUCUGAGAAUAACUUCAGAAUGCCCCAUCUCACCAUCAGGUUAAGCAUGUGGAUCAUAUCUUCCCACACCCCAUCUUCAUCUUCUUCUUCAACAUCAAAUGUCCAUGCUUUUAAAUCUCAUUUUCUUCCUCUACAAUGGGCCAAAAAGGAAUCAUCAUUUCUCAACAACAAAAAAUUGUACCUAUUUUGUAUAUGUGAGAUGUUUAAAUAAAUUGUGAAAAAUUGAAAUAAAGCAUGUCCAGUGUUCCAAAAGAAA